AUGUCAGAAACCCAACAAAUUUCCCAAGAUUUAGAAAACUUGAAAAUUAAUAAAGAUGCUCAUGAGCAUGUAGAAGGUGACCACAAAGAAAAAAAAGAAAAGAAGGAAAAGAAAGAUAAAAAAGACAAAGAGCAUAAGGAUGGUGAAAAGAAGGAAAAGAAAGAAAAGAAAGAUAAGAAAGACAAGGAGCAUAAAGAUGGUGAUGAAGAACAUGAAAAAAAAGAAAAGAAAGAUAAAAAAGAUAAAAAAGAUAAAGAACACAAAGAUGGUGAUGAAGAACAUGAAAAGAAAGAAAAGAAAGAUAAAAAAGAUAAAAAAGAUAAGGAACACAAAGAUGGUGACGAAGAACAUGAAAAGAAGGAAAAAAAAGAUAAAAAAGAUAAAAAAGAUAAAGAACACAAAGAUGGUGAUGAAGAACACGAAAAGAAAGAAAAGAAAGAUAAGAAGGAUAAAGAGCACAAAGAUAAAGAUGAAAAGAAAGAUAAAAAAGAUAAAAAAGAAAAAGAACAUAAAGAAAAAUAA